AUGGCUGAAAAUGGUAGAAUUCUCACCAUACCUGAGACGUAUGUCACAGCGCCACACAGUCCAAUUCGCAUUACAAAUUACCCUGAGUGGUCUUUAGAGAAAACGCCAAUCCAGAUUGUCAAGUUCAACCGUCCAAAAAAACUCAAUUCCAUCACUGAAGACAUGAUCGAUACUCUUCAGGGAUUCUUUACAACUGUCAAUCUUGACGACGAGGUGAAGGUCAUUAUCCUCACGGGUACGGGUAAAACUUUCAGCGCCGGGAUUGAUUUGAACAUGGAUCUCAGCCAUGGGCGUCAGGUUCCUGCAAAUGAGCUGCGAGACCCCGGAGGUACACUCGCGCUCUCUAUGUUCAACUGCAGUAAGCCUAUAAUUGUGGCCUACAAUGGCUUGGCUGUUGGCAUUGGCAUGACAUCAACUCUGGCUGCUGCGAUUCGCAUUGCAUCUGAAGAUUCGGAAUUUGGCUUUCCUUUCGCGCGAAUCGGUCUCACGAUGGAGUCAUGUAGCUCCUUCUUCCUACCACGCAUGGUGGGAUAUAGUAACGCCACGUAUUUGCUCGCCACCGGGAAGCGAUUUCCAGCCAAAUCUUCUGUCCUGCACGGUGUUUUUGCUGAGAUUGUUCCCACGGCCAAGGAUGUUCUCCCGCGGGCCAUCGAAAUUGCGGAAGAUAUCCUCCGGAACGUUAGCACUAUGGCAAUUCACCUCAACCGACAAUUGAUAUGGCGCAACCCAGGAUCUGCUGAGAAGGCUCACCUGGUAGAUAGCCCAGUGCUUUAUGAUAUGUUCGCGGGAAAGGACCAUCUCGAAUUCAAAAAGGCUUUCUUCAAUAAGUCAGCCCCAAUCUUCACCGAUGUUCUGUCGAAGAACCCGCCCCGAACAUAUCCCUGGUGGACGACUCUCUCAGUGGAAGGGAGAUCCAAAGCCCACGAUGCCGCAGGAUCCAAGCUCUGA